CAAAAUCCCAUUUUAUUAAAGAAAAAAACAUUCGUAUCUGCUUGCACCAAAUAAAGAACUGAUCAGAGAUUUUUCUCCUAAAACUCUAAAUUUCGAAUUCCUCAUAUCUUUGCAACCUUACAGUGUAUUUAACCUUUAAAUAUCUCAUUUUUAACUAUUUGAAUUCAAAUUUUGAAAUAUCGACGGUUCACCAAAAAUUAGGUUUUAGGCGAGAAUGUUUAAGUUUUAUAAAAGGAACGAUUACACUGAACACUUUACACUUACACUGUAUACACACAGAGUACAUGAUUUACACUUAUGCAUCUCUCACUCAGCCCAAAACUUAAGACAGAGUAUCGUAAUAAAGUCCAGUAUCGGAAACCUAGUUUCAUGAAAGCGGUCAGACAGAAAAUGCUGAGAAGAGAUGUUUUAAUUAAGAUUAUGCUGAAAUACACUUCAUAAUUUACUUUCUCAAAUGAAACCAGUAUUCCGACAGUUGAGUUUAAACCUUCAUUGCAGCAUGGACUAUUUUAGAUUGAUGUUGCUACUUUUCCCUCUAAUCUCUGCAGAAACUAGAUACAGAAAUUUGAGCGAAAAUACGGUAGAUUUUAAGAGUAAGGGAGAUUCUGGUUUGGACCCAAGCAUACAGGAUUCUGAUUGGGACUCAAGUAAUACGGAUUCUGGGUCGGAUCUUAGCAGACAAGAUUUUGCUUCGAAUGCAAACAAGAAAAAUUCUCAAACUGGUGAUGGCAGGCUUUUCAGUCUCUUCACCAUUGUUCAAUUCAAAAAUAUGGGUUGUGUGUCUGGUAACUUUACUGGAACAUGCAUGACAUCUAGUGAGUGUAUAUCUUGUGGUGGUAGUGGAUCUGGAAGCUGUGCUGCAGGGUUUGGAGUUUGUUGUAUAGUUCGAUCAUCAACUUGUGAUUCAAUGAUAACAACAAAUACAACAUAUAUCUCAAGCUCAGAUACAUCAGGGGGUAGCUGUAGUUAUAAAAUAGCAAUCCCUUCAAAUGUUUGUCAGAUUAGACUUGACUUUCUCAAGCUUGAACUGGAUGGACCAACAAACAAUGCACAGACAAAUCUGGGGGGAAGGUGCAAUACUGAUAAAUUUAGUAUUCAACAGACAAGCAGUCCAACAUCUUUAACACUUUGUGGGAACAGUACAGGUCAACAUAUAUAUUUUGAUGUGAGUGAGGGGGAUGUGGCUGAAUUGAAGUUUAUCCUAGAUCAAACAGUGGGGUUCAGAAGAGGAUGGGAACUCUUAAUCAAUUAUAUGGAGUGUGGACAGAGUGUUCCUGGUUGUACACAGUAUUUUACAGGGAACUCCGGAACCAUUACCAGUUUCAACUAUUAUAACACAGAAGCAACAAGACGGGUUCAUUUAUCUGGUCUGGAUUAUACUAUAUGUAUCCGUAGAGAAACUGGAAGCUGUUGUUUAAGACUGAACCCUACGAUUACGCCCGAUGGAUAUGAUUUGAAUGGAGUGACAUGUGCUAGUGAUUGUAAUACAGCACAAACAUGCAGGACUGAUGGAACAGAUCACCUCCUAAUCCCUCAAGCAAAUGAAGAUGGAAAAGAUCCAACAUCAUAUACAAGGUUUUGUGGAACUCUGACAAAUGUGUUCAGUGUUGCCACAAGUCAACAUCCAUUAGUUACAUGUUCAGUUCCUUUCAAUUUACACUUUCAUUCAGCUAUGUCAGGAAAUUCUGGCAAUACCAGGGGAUUCAAUCUUAAAUAUGUUCAACUACCCUGCAGACAUUUCUAGCAUGUACACCAUGUACAGUACAGUAAUCUGCUCUACAUAGCUAUGGGAUUUACGAAACUUUACUGAAAAGUUGUAAACUGUACUAUCUUUAAGAAAAUAAAAAUAUUAAAAAUCUUAUA